GCUCAGCAGUCUCGCCAGCCUGAGCCUGUGUCUGACUGAAAGAAAAAUAUAGAGUUGAUAAUAAUACACGUCUGCAUUAAGUUAUUUAGUGAUUAAUUUUUCUAUUUAAUUGAUAGUCAAGUCUUCUUAGGUAAUCAAGUACUACAAUGUCAAUUUAUCCUUCUCUGGAAGACUUAAAGGUUGACCAACUUUGCAAGGCCCAACUUCACUUGGAGUCACAGUACUUACCUUCCUACGGUGCCACCUCUGCGCAGACUGCUGUUUCUUACCCCUCUGCUCCUCUAUAUCCCUCCAUUGACAAUCCCUCUCCUCUUCCAUACCCUGUUACACCCCAGACUAACCCGACCUACUCCAUAUCCUCUAAUGUAUACCCGUCGCUUGCAGACUACAUGGGCUUAGAACUCUCUCCGGCAGUGAUUGCUGCAAACAUGCCUGAAUACGCUGGAACCGUCGCUAUACAGCCACCAAGGGAGAUGUCAAGGCUGGAGGGAGGCAUGGUUGCUCCUAUAUCUAACCUUACUCAGGGACUACAGAAAGCUCAAGUCAACCAUGGGAUUAGAGAGCUGAUCCUCUGUAAAGAUGAGAAAGGAAAGGUUGGAGUGAGAGUGGCAGCCAUCAACAAGGGGAUCUUUGUGUGUCUGGUGAUGAAGAACUCUCCUGCUGCUAUGGCCGGAUUGAGAUUUGGUGACCAAAUUCUCCAAGUGAACGGUCAAGUGGUUGCAGCAUAUACCAAAGAUCAAGUCCAUGAUUUGUUCAAGAAAAGCUCGGUCAAUGGAAUAUCUGUGAUUGUUAGAGACAGGCCAUUUGAGAGGACAGUCACUCUGCACAAGGACAGUGUGGGUCAGUUAGGUUUCCAGUUUAAGAACGGUGAAAUCUUCCGUUUGGUGAAGGAUUCCAGUGCAGCCCGCAACGGUAUACUGACUGAACAUAAUCUGCUUGAGGUGGACGGCCAAAACGUAGUUGGUUUAAAGGACAAGGAGAUUGUAACUUUGAUUGAAAAGGCUCCGUCUGUGGUUACUGUUACUGUUAUACCCUCCUUCGUCUACAACCACAUGAUGAAAAAAAUGGCUGGAAACUUAGUCAAAGAGGCCAUGGACCAUUCAGUGCCAACUCUGUAAGCAACUUCGUCUCUGCUCUCAACACCAUUUUAAAUAUUUUAUACCAGUUUGUAAUUUUGUCUUUCAUAAGGUUGUUAGUCGGCCUUCAAAUGAAAGAUCAAAUCUUUUUUAUUCUUAUAUUUAUAGCUAUUAUUUGUUUUUCAAUGUUUCCGUAGCUCAAUUGAGUAGUAUAUGAUUAAAUACUUACAUUUUGAAGGCACACUAAUCAUAUUUAGUACAAAAAUCUCAUAUUUGCUUUUAACAUUGGGGUAGUAUGUAGGAGCAUUAGUAUUUCAAAUAUUUUUCUUUGCAAGAAUUAAUACUAAUCCCUAAAGUUCUGAGUAUUUGUUGUGCCAUUACCCAAUAUCUAGACUUUUGAGUUUUUCAACAUUAAUCUUAUUUUGAUAGCGUCUAUUAUAUUUUACCUUUCACUCUUUAUAUUAUAUUGUUGUUUUUAUGAUAUAUUUACUUCUUAGAUAUAUGCGUGCAACUAUGACUUGUUAAGUUAAUGACACGAGUUUUGUGGAGUAACUGAGGGUUUGUGGCUUUUUAUGAAAUUCAUCUUUGUAUAGAAUCAUGAAGAAUAUUUUUCUAGGAUGUUCAAUUUAAAUUGUUAAAGAAAGAAUUGAUGAUUUUGUAAUAGCCCGAGAGCUGUGUGAACAGAAUGGCUAAAAAUGAUGUCAGAAGAUUUGGCUCUACUAAAUAAUAUGGGUUUUCUUGUUGUUAGACAUUUUAAACAAAUUGUCAUAGGCUAAUAUUAAGCUUUAAGAGUAUUAUCAUAGUUUUUAUUUGUGUUAAUUACAUUCCUUUUCAGCUUUAUGUAAAAUAUAAAUUUUAAACGUCAAUGUUAGACCUACACUUUGAAUUAUCCUGUUAGUGGAAGAAUAUUAGGAAAAUCAACCUAACAAAUUCGGACUAAGUGGAAACUUUGCUCAGUUGUUUAGUAAGCCUAAAUAAAUAAAAUAGCAGCCAAUUUUCACUUUUUUGACAAUAUUUCACAAACUAUUGGUAUUAGAGAAUUGUUGUAAAUACAAAAGUUAUAGAACGUCUAAAAAUACAUAUUUUUUAUACUACAAGGUUUGCUCUAUUUCUAACGGUUAUUGAGAUAAAUAAUAGAAGUUAGUAUUAAAUUUCAAAUUCCCAUGUUAUUCUUAUGGGGGAAAAUAAAAUUGUUGCAGUUUGCUUAUUUAUGGAUAUAUUUUCAUCAAACUUGGCAAAUUUAUUUAUUUCACACUAAGCUAAUGAUAUUUAACUUAAAUGCACGCUUUAUUACUCUCCUCAUAGCAGUAAACCUAGUACACGUUAAAUUUUAAGUUACCGUAUUUAAAUAGGGAAGAUAUAUUACAUUUUUAGGAUAUACUUUUUAGUAAAAAUCCAGUCAAGCAAAUGGAUAUUCAUUUGUUAACCAUAUUAACAAUUAUUUUUUCUUAUUAGUAUUAUGAUUUAAAGCCCAUUAUACUACUAUGUAACUACUCAAAACUUACAUGGUACGUUAUUACUCCCGGUAUAAUUAUUUUGUCGGUAAAUAUUAGUAAAUUGAACCUUAAAAUCCGGACUAAAUUGAAAUGUUGCACAGUUAGCCUAGUUGAUGAAAAUGGCAAAAGUCCCCACAAAUUCCGGCUGUGCUCAGCCGCAUUUAGACCGGGUUUUAAGGUUGAAUUUCCUAAUAUUUACCGACAAAAUAAUUAUACCGGAAGUAAUAACGUACCAUGUAAGUUUUGAGUAGUUACAUAGUAGUGACAAGAUAGUUAGUGAGCUUUAAAUCAUAAUACUAAUAAGAAAAAAUGAUUGUUAAUACGAUUUAUAAAUGAAUAUCCAUUUACCUGUCUGGAUUUAUACGAAAAAUUUAUCCUAAAAAUGUAAUAUAUAUUCCCUAUAUAAAUAACUUUAAAUUAAACAAGUACUAGGUUUACUCCUAUAGGGAGGGUACUAAAGUGUGUAUUUAUGUUAAAUAUUAAUAGCUUAGUAUAAAAUAAAUAAAUUUGCCAAGUUUGAUCCAAAUAUUUCCAUAAAUAAGCAAACUGCAACAAUUUUAUUUUCUUCUAUAAGAAUAACAUGGGAAUUUGAAAUUUAAUACCAUUUUUAUUAUUUAUCUCAAUAACCAUUAGAGAUAGAGCAAACCUUGUAGUAUAAAAAUUAUGUAUUUUUAGACGUUCUUUAACUUUUGCAUUGACAAACAUUCUCUAAUACCAAUAGUUUGUAAAAUAUUGUAAAAAAAGUGAAAAUUGGCCGCCAUUUUCCAAGAUGGUGGCUGAAGCACAGCCGGGAUUUAUGGGGACUUUUGAUAUUUUAUUUAUUUAGGCUUACUAAACAACUGUGCAAAUUGUCCACUUAGUCCGAAUUUGUUAGGUCGAAUGGCAGUUUUUUCCCUAAAAUUCCUGGACUAUGUUGUCUGGCCUGUUUUAAUUUCCAUUUCCAUGAUCAUUGAGUUAUUCAGAUAUUAAACUUGUACAAAAAUAUUGCUACACAUGUGAAACAUAUUUUUGCUACACUACUGUGAAAUGACCUGUUUUCGUUACAUGUUUAUCACCUGCAAAAAUUAAUCAUUACAUUAUGGUACAUUGUUUACUAUGGUAAAAUAAUGUUUACUUGUUUACUAUAUUUUUUGGGUAAACAAACAAAGAUUUGUUAUUGUUUGUAAAUAUUAACUUUAAAUUGAAGGCAUAACCUAAAAAAUUCUAUGAGUUUUGUAAUGUUCCUAACUGUAAUAAAGAAAUAUCCAAUGUCUGUUUUAAUUAAGAAAAUUAUUAGUCUUUGUAGUGUAGCGAAGAGUAACGUUCAAAAAACAAAUGAAAGUGGGUCUAUACAUAUUCUCGGCCAUAUUUAAAACUCGCACUUCAAACAUGGUCUUAAAUUUGUAAUAACUCACUUUUUACUCUUGUUAUGAAAUAUACUAUUCUUAGCCAGUCAAAGGUUAUUUUAAUUCAACACAAAUAAUUGUCACAUUCUUAUCAGGCCUACUCUCUUUAAGUAAGCUUAUAAACAUUUAAGUAUGUUUGUACCGUGCCAAUUAUUUUGUUGCUGAAUAUUUUGAACUUUUUUCUUAAGAGUCCUUGGAGCCUAGACGUUCUAACUCAUAAAACAGUUAAAGAACUACAAGGAAAAUUUCUAAUCUCACACUAUACUAGAUAUUUAAAUUACAACCACUCCGCCUGGUGUUUGAAAAAAAAUUUUGGACGGUAAAUAACUCUUUGAAAUUAUCCAAUAUGGCCGCUAGCCUCCAAUGACUCUUAGGGUAUUUUUAUUUGUAACCACAGAGAACCAUGGAUGACAAAAUCUGUUGCAUCUAAAGGGUUUUUAAUCUUCAUACUGCCAGCACACUAAAAAAAAAUUAUUCAACAAGUAAACUGCAGAAUUCCGUAGGAUUUAUCAGUUCCCAAAUCUACAUUAUUUAUUGGCAGUUUGAACUUCAAAAACGAGACAAUUUCAGCACCUGUAAAUGGUUUUGUGUAUUAUAGCAUAUAAGUACCAAUAUUAACCAUUGUUAUUUACAUUACAAUCACUGAAUGAAGACUGAGAGUUUUAGCUUCUGUUGUCAUUUCACAAAUGUUGUGUCAAAGUGUUGGUAGCUUUAAUGCAUUUAGAGAUUCCCGUUAAUUUGAUGUACUGCCUAUUGUGUGUUUGACGUUCAGUGGAAAACUAGAAUAGUCGUUAUUUUUGCACGAUAUUAUUAUUAUAUCUACAGAGUUUAAUUUGUUAGAGGAUCUAGCUGAAUAUAUAUAUGAUUGUUUUAUACAUGUACGAUUUAAAUAAAAUAAUAGUAUUUCUGA